CCGAGAUGUUGACCAGCUCCAGCAUCAGGCUAGAUCGUUCCAGUGCAAGAAGCGGCGCCGGGCGGCUCGGUCAUGGGAGUGACGGCGAGGGACAUGGAGGAGAGGCAGAGGCGAACACUCCAGAUGGCGGAAAAGCUUGUGGAGUCAACAAUGGCGGGCCGCGACGCUUCUCACGAUGCGGCCCAUGCCUUUAGGGUUCGGGACCUCGCCCUCUCGCUUGCUAUGGAGGAGGGUUUGGACAAUCACAGUUUGGAAAUAGUGGAAAUUGCUGCUCUACUUCACGAUAUUGGGGAUUACAAAUAUAGCAAGGACUUGGUUGAGGACACAUCAAUAGUAGAGAAUUUCCUUAAUGAGGAAGGAUUGGAAGAGAGCAAAAGGCAUAAGAUACUAGGCAUCAUAAAAGGAAUGGGUUUUAAAAAUGAAGUCGCACAAAUAUUAUGUGGCGACUCUUCUCUUGAAUUUGGUGUUGUACAAGAUGCAGACCGUUUAGAUGCUAUUGGUGCUAUUGGAAUUGCACGAUGUUUUACUUAUGGUGGAAGUAAGAACCGGAUUCUGCAUGAUCCUAAAAUACCCCCUCGACAGAAUUUAUCGAAGGAAAAUUAUAUUAACAAAAGUGAGAAUCAGACCACCAUCAAUCAUUUCCAUGAGAAGCUUUUCAAACUAAAGGAUAUGAUGAAGACUGAGGCUGGGAGAAAGAGGGCUGAGAAGAGGCACAUCUUUAUGGUGGACUUCAUAGAGGAGUUCUAUGAAGAAUGGAAUGGCAGAACUUGAGCUUUCUUUCCUUUGGUGAUGCAACCAGGUAUUUAUUCAUGUUAUGAUGUCUGCUACACCCGUUCAACAAAAGAUGAUUUUUAGUAUUUCUUGCCGAGCAAACAGUUUUGAAUCAAAUAUUGCUAUAUUCUUUUCUGAAGAAAUGCAAUGACAUUAACAUUUUCCAGAUUCUA